AUGAUUUGGUAUUUAGCUGAGUUAUUGGGAUUCAUAAAGGUAGAUCGUAGCAAAAAUAUGGAAGAGUAUGUCAAUCAUCCAUCUUAUGCCGGCAAUUUUAUUAGAUUUGGAAUGGAUGGAAUUGUUGGUGAAUACCUCUCAACAGUGUGCUAAACAUUUUUAUUUGCAUUAGCCUUAUACUUCACUCUAUCAUGCUCAUCUUAUUAUUACUUUUUCAAGAAGAAUAAGCUACUGUAUUUGCCAAAAUUAAAUGCCAAAUUCUAUAUCUUCUAUGACAUCAAAUGGUCGUUGAUUAACAUGUUUUUUGAGACCUUCCUGGUCUCUAUAAUAAGAGUUGCUUAACCAAGAUUCAGCUUAAUGUAUUAUAAUAUUAGUGAUUAUGGAUAUUGGUAUAUUCCUAUAAGUAUAAUUUUACAUAUUAUGUAUGAUGAAACAUUGACAUAUUGGGUCCAUAGAUGGCUUCAUACAUAUCCUUAUUUAUAUAUUAAAUUACACAGAAUCCAUCAUUUUUCAAAAGAUAUCACACCAUUCAGCGGAUUCGCUUUUCAUCCAUUAGAUGCAUUUGCUUAAGCAGUUCCCAUGUUCACCUCAUGUUUUAUCUUCCCAAUUCACAUGAAUUUGUUCCUUUUCUUCGGUUUAUGUACGACCUCAUGGGCUAUGUGA